UGAUCUGUUCUUUGUUAAACCAAAAAUUACAGAUACUUGGUCGCCCAACAAUAAGCCAAUACCUAUCAAUCCGGCGAGUCUCUCACACACUCUCUACCCCUAAUCUUCAAUCCUCAGUACCGCGUCGAAGUCGAAUACGGCCAGAGAAGAAAACAUAAUUCUUGACGACACGAGUUGAAAGUUGCCCUCGAAGUCCUAUACGCCCACCCGGCCCAAAGUAAUCCGAAAUGUCGUCGAUGUGGAUGUCCGAUACCCAAAAAAUCGGAGUGAUUUUUUGCUCCGGAGGCGGUUUCUUCCUCAUCGGCGGAGUGAUGCUCUUCUUCGACCGGGCCAUGCUUGCCAUGGGAAACAUCCUAUUCCUCAUUGGCCUUACAAUCAUCAUCGGACCCCAAAAGACGCUCCUCUUCUUCGCGCGGAAACAAAAGGCAAAGGGCACGGCGGCCUUCUUCGCGGGGCUCGCCUUGAUCCUGCUGCGGUGGCCCCUGAUCGGCUUCUGCGUCGAGCUCUACGGCAUCAUGGUUCUGUUUGGCGACUUCCUCGGCACCAUCGCCGCGUUCGCACGCAACAUUCCGGUUAUCGGGCCGUACAUCGGGGUCGCCGUCGACCGGUCCGGGGUCGGACGGAGGAAUGCCGAGCUGCCUGUAUAGAUGCCGGUUGGCAUGGUCAGAUUGGAUAUCGGCCUGGCUGAAGCUUUGAGCUACAGCCGCAGCGUCUCCAAAACUUUCGGGCACUCAGUAACGGGAUCUUAGAAAAGCGUAUAAGAGGGGUUCAAUACCACAACGGCGCACUUUGACGAACCCGAAGGGAUAGUAGGAUGUGUGCCGUAUCCAGUUGUGCACUAGACAAAGUUAGACGGUCGGCCAUAACAGCAGUACGAAGUCAUCCCACACAUAACGACUGAAUGAAAGACGCUUGAACAU